AUGACUAUUCCUUACCAAGUUGCAAUAGGGGGAAGAGACAACUGGCAACAGUGCAACUUCAGCAAUGACAGAGCAUGCUUGGUCUAUUACACCGAUGGAAGUCGGAAGGAUGAGAGAUCAGGGCUGGGAGUGUAUGGUAACAAAACCAAAAUAUCUCUGGCCUUGGGCAGAACAACAACAGUUUUUCAAUCAGAGGUCCUGGCGAUUGAGUGCUGUGCUAAUAAUAUUAUUAGCAAGAAUCUAAGAAAGGGUAAAAUCCUUAUUCUCUCUGACAGCCAGGCAGCACUGAAGGCGCUGGGGUCAUGUGUGACACAGUCACGAACAGUAAAAGGGUGUAAAAACACCCUCAAAAAGUUAGCAGAGCGAAACCAAGUCAAAUUGUCUUGGGUUCCUGGACAUUCGGGGCAUGAGGGGAACGAAAAAGCCGAUGCAUUGGCCAGGAAGGGUGCGGAAGACCAACUGUCAGGACCAGAACCCUACUGUGGUACCCCCAUAAGCUCAGGAGUAGCCAAAGUCCAAGACUGGGUCAAGGUUCAAAAGGCUCUGGCCUGGAUGAACCACCCAGGUAUGAGGACGUCCAAAUUACUAAUCGACCCCACUGAUAAAGGCUGGAAAGACUUGCUGAGCCUUAAGAAAGGGGACAUUAGUCUGCUAGUAGGAGUGUUAACAGGGCACGGUCCUAUCAGGAAACAUCUCAGGACCAUAGGGAGGUCACAAACAGACCUCUGCAGGUUCUGUGAGAACGAGGUAGAAACCUCAGAACAUUUAUGGCUGGACUGUCCAGCGUUGGCCCAUAGAAGGCUUAUAUCUCUGGGGAGGUUAUUCCUGGAACCAACAGAGAUAAGGAAGCUGGGUGUCUCUCAGCUCCUGGGCUACUUGAGGAGCCUAGGGCUGUCAGAAUGA